AUGGCCUGUGAAAGUCAAGCUGGUGGAAUUGAGAAAAAUGGGUCAUUUUCCUCCAUCCUUUACUGUAAGAAUGAUUUAAAGGGAGGAUCCCUGCAGCUGGUGAAAGAACCUCUCAAUGGCCAGGUGCUCAUGGUUCUCAGCGUGGACAACAACUGCUCAGCCACCUCCUUUGACAUGGAGCUUUGUGCAGAGAAACUGAAGUCCCUUGGGGUUCAGGUGGCAGAGGAUCAGUGGAGAAGGUUGAUCCAAGAUGCUGUCCUGAAGCCUGAAGUGAGACGGUACAUGUUCUACAACUCCAGGGUGUUCCAGAUAGCCAUCGCCGUGAUUUUCUACGUGUCUCUCUGGACAAACAUUUACACCACAGUCCAGCUCUUUUCCUUCAGACGCUACUGGGAGGCCAGUGUGCUGGUGACCCUGGUUGCUGUGGCAGUCACUGUAGUGGUGAUACUGGUUAUUGACCGUCGCCAGAGGAAGAUCAAUAUGAAUACAGAUGUGAGGCUGGCAGCUGUCAAUGAAAUCUUUAUCAAACACGGUUUGAUACUGGGGAUUACAGAUGCGCUGGAUGGGCUACACAACAUCCUACAGCUGUGGUUCGUGCACUUCAGCCCAGAGCGCUGCCUCCAGUCUCUGUCAGCCCACAUCAUGGACCUGCAGAGGACACGAGGGUCAGUCUUGCGGCACAGCCUGGACCAGCUCUGUGUGGUUAUGGAGGCAGUGGUUCGACCUGACCCAGGGAUGGAUGAGGAGGAGGCUUCACGUGAAGAAUCCCCUCUUUUAUCCAGUGGAGUGAACCUAAAUAAAGAGCAUGCAGUGGUGACAUGCAAUGAGCUGCUCCACCUUAUUCCUGAGGGCCCACCAGAGGUGAUGGCCCAGCAGCUCCUGGUGAUCUUCAGUGGAUGCUAUGUCCGGCUCCUGGUCACUGGCCGGCUCCCUCAGGCUGUGCCAGGGGGGCACCUGGAGCACAGCAAUGUGCCAUGUCUCUGCAAGUUCAUCGAGACCACCACACUCAACCCACACCAGAGCUGGUUCACGGGCAGGUGA